AGCCAUUUUGGCUCAAGCCAUUUUGGCUCAAGCCAUUUUGGCUCAAGGCGCCCCCGCUGCCCGGGAGGCGGCGCGCUGGCGCCGUGCGCGCAGGCUGCCCCCCAGAGCGCAUGAGCUCGGUGACCGAGCUUGCUCACGACCGGAAGGGGGCCGAGCUCUCCAUCUGGGUACCGGGCGGCUGGGCAGCCCUGGUCGUCCCGAUUGCCGCCUUGAGCAUCUAUGGGGCACCCGCAGGGCUUGGUGCAAUUGGCGCGCAUAGUCGGGCUCCUGCGCCUGCGCCUGGAGAUGUGCAACGACGCGGGCCAGAUCCCAGAGAUCCGCCAGCAGAUCGAGCAGUUCGAGCGUCAGAGGGAGCUGAUGACGAGCAGCUCGCCUCCACCUUCACCGACGAGACCCCGUUCGCGCCCCACGAGGAGAACGGCGUCCCGUUCGCGCUCCACGAGGAGAACGGCGUCGAGACAGCAGGAACACGCCCUCCUCGGGGCCACGACUUCGCUUCCGGUUCCCCAGGGGGUCCUUCCUCUCCAACCGGUGCCGGGAGUACUGCGCGCAAGCAUCGAGGCCCGCCAGGAUGCGCAGGAUGCUGCCCUGACAGCCAGUCGCGCGGCCGAGGCGGCGAUGCAAGCGGCGGCGAGGGCGACUGCAGCGCCCCGCCCGGUAGCACCGCUGGUCCGCCCCACUGCGGCGCCUCAGCUGCAGGAGCCACGCCCCCCAGCACCCCCCCCUCUCGGGGAAGGGCGUGCGCGCACGCCGCCCCGGCGGCACAAACCGAUCGGAUCUGCGAGGUGGAUUCCCCGCCCGUCAGUUUCCCGACGAUUGCGCCCUUCCCUGAGCCGCCGACCGUGCUGGCGUCGUCGAUCAGGAUGGGCACCAAGCUGUGCCCGAAGCCUAGAGUGGAGUGGAACGACGUCGUCGACGACGACGCCGACCACGACGAGCAGGCUGCCCCCACCGGGCAGGACGUGGGGGACGGGGCGCACGACGAGGCCCCCACCAGAGUCGAGCCUGCAGCGCAGUGGCCACCAGCCGCCCCGCAUGCAGGCGCGCUGGCUGCGGAGCCGCAAACCGAUGCGGAGGAAGAAGAUGAUUUCUCGCCCAUCUCGAGAGGAGAGCUGCGGCGUUGCGUGGCCGAGUCUAUCAGGACGAAGCUGCCCAUCAUUGCGGCGAAGGGCGACGACGUGGAUGCCCACAUGAUGGAGGUCACUCUCAAGGCCGACCAUUCCCUGGCGUGGCUCGCCCGCUUCUCGUGGAGGCGAUGCCAGUCCGGGAAGGCACCCAAAGGCACUGUGAUGAGGUGUUCGUGCAAAGACGCAGCCGGAGACACUCAGACGCUCCAGGCCGGCGAGCAGCCGCUCCUCGCGGCGCUUCAGGCCUUCAGCGACUCCGACGCGAUUAUCUUCAUGAUCGGGCCCGGGCCUGAGCUCGAUGCCUUAACGCAUUCUGUAUAGCCAGACGCGCCUAGGCACGCAGUUCGCCAGUGUUGCCAACGUGCAACACAACGCAUGCGUCGUAACGGCGGCGCUGGCGUUGCCCCUUCGUGCCCGCGCGCGUUGCGACAAUUUGCUGGUUUUGUCCCUUUCGCCGAAGCUCCAGUUUGCAUGCUCCCCCUCUGGAGCCGCUUGUGGCCGGAGGUGCGCCAUGUUGACGCUUGCUUCCCAGCUCCUUACCGCGGGCGCUCUGAGCUCAGGACGAGCGUGCCGCAUCUCAUGUCUCGUCAGUGGCGCUGUGCUUCAAUGCGCGAGACACCGUUGUCCAGCCCUAGUAGGGGGCUAGACGACGGCCCGAGCAGGCGUACGAUUUCGAUGUUGCCGCCCGUGGCGCUCGUUUCUGUGCACCCGCUCCUCUGCAUACUUCUUCCGCGGCCGUGGCCCUCCGCGUUACCUCCGAGGGGAGGCCGCGCGGCGUGGUCCAGCGCUCGUGUGUCACUGGGAGUCCUUCGUUCCCCGAGCAACAAAAAAAAACCUUCGGCCCAUCCCGCCACCGUGCC